CCUUUCACUUACUCCAAAUAACAAUCAAACAUAAUAGAUUUUUAUAAGGAAUGCAAUGUAAUCGUUUUGUAUGGAAAAAACUACUCAUUAUGUAAAGAGAUAACAAACAGAUGUUACACCGAGUUUAGAUGAGUUAUAUUAAAUAGACGAACUACUAGUAGAUUAUCUGACUGAGUCUGAAAUGAAGAAAAGUGUAAAUUCAAAAUACAAAAUUAUGAUGAAAAUGGCAGGCCAUACAAUUCAACACAAAAUCGAAAGAAGACUUUUUUCAGAAAUACUUAAUAAUUCUUUUUUAAAAAACCCAUUUUCCGAGAAGAGGAAAUGAAACCAUGUCAGAGGAACGGAGAGUGAAAAAUUGUAUGGAACUUUGGAGAGAACCACCAGAGUGGAGCGAUGAAUCUUAUUGCAACCUGAAGAAAUCGCUCGUGGAUUAUAAACCACUGCCAGGGACAAAUGUGUCUGCAGCAAACAUUCUUCUGAUUGGUCAAAUUGGAGCAGGAAAGUCCAGCUUUUUCAACUCGGUCAACUCCAUUUUCCGCGGGAAAAUUACCAGUAAAGCUUCCAGUGGGAGCUUUGAGCACAGUGUGACGACCGCAUUCAGAAAAUACAAAAUCAAAGACUUUACCUCAGGAAAAUUCCUUAACUUUCGUCUGUGUGACACAAGAGGAUUUGAGGACGAAUUUGAAAUGGAUGUACAAGAAAUUGCUUUUAUUCUGGACGGUAAUAUACCGGAUCAGUACCAGUUCAAUCCCAUGGUUCCAAUGUCAUCAGAUAGUCCUAAAUUCAUAAAUGAUCCGAAUCUACAGGAUAAAAUUCACUGCGUAGCCAUUGUGGUAGAUGGAAGUACCAUCGACGUUAUGCCUGAAAAAGUCCGGAAACAGAUAAAAGAUCUGCAAAUCAUUUUAAAUCAGAGAAACAUGCCACAAGUCGUCCUGUUGACCAAAUUAGACAACAUAUGCCCGGAUGUGGAGGAGGAUAUCUCAAACACGUUUACAAGUACAACUAUUGCUAAAGCUGUGAAGAAAGUGGGAGAAAUUAUGGGACUUCCACGUGGUCACAUUUUCCCGGUAAAAAACUUCGAAAAGGAGACUAAACUGAAUAUUGGUACCGGUAUUCUUUUGAUGAACGCUGUACAACAGUGUCUUGACUUUGCGGAUGAUUUCAUGGAUGGGCAGCUUGAUAAAAUGGAUGCCGAGGGUAAAAGGACAAGAGAAAAGACUGGGUACACGUGUACUUUGUCUUAAGGAUCGACAAUGUGUGUUUUUAUCAAAACUUCAGAUAUAUAACGAAGAAUGUGACUGUGAAAAAAUCAGCAUUUGAAUACUCAUGCUUUAUUGUAAACCAGAGUAAUAAAGUUUUGUUGUCCUAAUA